UACGUUUGACUUCGGUUUCGGUGGCGUAGAAAUAGUCACGUAAAUAAUUGAUAAAUAUGGUCAAUAUAAAUAGUACUGAAUUAAUGUAUUGUUGAAGUCAGGGGGGAAAUUACAUGCAGAAACUGACAUUUGAGAUUAACAAGUUUUUUUACCACUGUCCGCGUUAUAGCGAACGGUUCAUGUGUGUAGAACACAUAAUUAUUUUUACACAACGUUUUAAAAUUGCUUUAUUUCUCGGAAACAAAUAUCUCUUUCACAGGUUUGAAGAAAUUAAAAAAUGUCAAAGCCUGAAAGUUCCAAAAGACCACUUGUAGAAAAAAUUGUUCAAAUAUAUGAAGCUUUCUUACGAGGUGAAGAUCCUUCAAAUGGAAACAUAAAUUUUUGGGAUGAGUUUUUUCUCUUAAGAGCUAACCUAGUGUUUCUACAAAAAAAAUUUGAACAGUUGACUCCUGAAGAAGUUUCUGGACUUAAGGAAGUUAUUAAUAAUUUAUUUUACCAAUGUGUUCGUAUUUUGAAAGAUGGAAGCCAUAUACGUGCCAUGAAUGCAUUGAAGACAUUGUGUGCUCUUGUGCAUGGAGUUUACGGAAAAACUCAUAAUUAUGGAUUUGAUGUAAUAAACCUCUUAAUUGGCUUCAAUUCUGCUGAAGAACUGAUGCAGUGCUUAAUGGAGCAGUUAUCACAAUUUCUUAGUCUUGAAUAUCCAGCAGCUCUGAAAUCCCUAGUCUUAAAAUUUCUUCUUAUUUUAGUCACAGCCACUGAAAAUGUCAGUCAAAAUACUCUCUUAGAAUAUCUUAUGAUGAACAGUGCUUUUGAAGCUAUUAUACAAAUGUUGAAAAAUCCAGAGUCAAGACAGCAUCAUGGAUAUGAUGCCAUAUUGCUUUUGACCAUUCUUGUAAACUAUCGGAAGCAUGAGGCUGCAAAUCCAUACAUUGUGAAACUUUCGAUUAUGGACAAUGAAAUGGCUUUAAAUGGCUUUGGCAAAGUUGUGUCAAAUGUUUUAUCUGAUUUUAACAGAAAAUACUGCCAGGAAGAAAUGGAAACUCAAAAUAGUUUUUUAUCCAGUUUAACAAGUUUUGUUGAAAGCAUGUUUGUUGCUGAAGAAAUAGAAUCAGACAGGCAUAAUAUAAAAGCAAAUAAUGCUGUGCUGUUAGCACUUUAUGAAGCUGUUCAUUUGAAUAGGAAUAUUUUGAUCACUCUAACUCAUUGUCAAGUUGAUGCAUCUGGCCCUGUAAGAACAUCUCAAACUGAGCUAGAUGUAAAAGCAUUACCCCCUUCUGAAGAAGAAAAUGACCUACCACCAUCAAAUUUGCUUGUUACAUUUUUGGAAUUUUCUUCAAUAAUAAUGCUCAAUACCAAAGAUGAACCUACUGUUAAUACUUGUAAAUUGUGCUUUGUUAUUUUAACCUGCAUAACUGAAGACCAAUAUGCUAAUUCCAUAAUUCAUGAUGUUAAUUUGGUGUAUAAAGUUCAGUUGCACAGAAUGCCAAUGCGGCAUCGCAAAGUUUCUUCUGACCGGAACAAUACAUACCGUCCUUUAGCCUGCCCAUUAUUAGAUCUGAUGGUUGAGUUCAUCCUAAGCCAUAUGACAAAAUGCUUGCCUUUUGAAUUAUAUUACUUAUGCUUGGGCGUCAUUCAUCGUAUUUUGUGUUAUCAGAAGAAAAGUAGGGUUAGAUUGCAGUAUAAUUGGAAAGAUUUGUGGACAGCUCUUAUUUGUUUAAUCAAGUUCCUUACAACACAAGAAAGUUUACUAGCUAAAAAUUGCAACAUAUUUCAUCUCUCCAUAAAAAUUAUGAAUGUUUUAAACUUGUUUAUUACUUUUGGUGAUACUUUUCUUCCAUCUCCUUCAUGUUAUGAUGAAUUGUACUAUGAAAUAGUGAGGAUGAAUGUUGUUUUUGAUAAUUUAUAUUCACUAACUUUAAGAUACACAACUUCAGAUGGUGAAUGGAAAGAAUAUGCAGCAAAGUUGAUGAACAGCCUUGUUAACAUCAGAGCAAUUAUUAAUCACUUCACUCCAAAAAUAGAAUCUGUGCUAACUGAAAAUGGUAUAUCUGCUUUAACCGAAGAUCAAGUUUUAGAAGUUGUUAGAAGCAAUUAUGAUAGUUUAACAUUAAAACUGUAUGACAACCUUGAUCAGUUUGAAAAGUACACAGAGAAACCCAUUGAAGCAGCAUUUUUUACUCCUUUAGUUCGUAGUGUCAUAAAUGAUUUUCGAAAGUUUUUAAGUUUAAAAAGUUUAGAAAGUUUAAAUGUGUUAAAAGAGUUUUCACCCAGGACAUAAAGUUUUUAUCUAAAGUUCAGUUUCCUAUGGAUCUGAGUUGUAAAUUCUGUUUCUUAUGUACAUGUCAUUUUAUUUUGGAUAUUUUAUGAAUAAAGAUAUGGGCAUGUAAAGCAUGAUGCUAUAUGUUGAAAAUUUCUCCUCAAGAAAAAUUACAUAAAAUCUAUUAGUAUGUAAAAUAUGUGCCUACUGUACAUUUAAAACCUUCCCAACCUUGUUUUAAACAAAUGCAAAAUGACUUGUAAAUAAAAAUAAU